AGAGAGAGAAUAUCGUCCGUUAUGGCAGUCAUAGUAGGCUAUGAACGGAUUUUAAGGUCGUUCGUAUUAAUUAUGGCACAAUUAGCGCAGCACAACAAAUAUGAUACUGGUUAAUCUGUUACGUUUUCCAGCUAAACCAAAGUGAAUUCCAAUGAGCACACCACGAGCUGGCGUCAGAGUUUAAACUAUGAGCGUUUUGUAUAUAUACAGCCUACGCUGUAUUUGUGAUAGGCCACAUUUACUUCAGUAUUUAACUUUCGGUUUCGGUUCAACAAAACGCCGGAACCUUCACAGUACUGAGGGAUAAACUUCAUCGGGAAAAACCAAAUCGGCCUCUUUAGCUGGCCAAUGGACUUGUUUAAAAAACUCACGGAAAAUACGAUCAUGGAUUAUGAGGUUAAACCUCAAAGCUUGAGAGAACAAAUCAGGACAAUUUCUGCGGUUGCUGCAGAUCGACUUAAAAAGGCAGGUGUUGAUGAUGCUGAGCUUCUCACCUUAACAAGGCAAGACCUACAUGAGCUCCUGCCAGAAUUUCAUCAUUUCCAAUCUAGGAGAAAAAUCAUGGAAGUUAUCGACAAGUCUUUACAGAGUAAACCUCAGCGCUUGAGAGAGCAAAUUAGGGCAAUUUCUGCGGUUGCUGCAGAUCGACUUAAAAAGGCAGGUGUUGAUGAUGCUGAGCUUCUCACCUUAACAAGGCAAGACCUACAUGAGCUCCUGCCAGAAUGUGAGCAUUUCCAAACUAGGAGAAAAAUCAUGGAAGUUAUCGACAAAUCUUCACAGGAGGCAAACACGUCAAAUAUGGAUCCAUGUACCGAAUCACCUCAGGAUUUGAUUCCAAAAGAGGACAUGAGAAAGCUGCAGGUCCCUGAUGGCCUACAUGACCACCGUCGCAAACUCAAAGCCUUGGAGAAGCAGCUGCUUGAAGCCUUAGACCUCCUGCGGCCGCAUAUAGAAUUACUGGACAAACUCGUGGAGCAAAAAGUGGUGAACCAGAACUCAGCAUGUGCUACGCCUCUUACCAGCCUCAGUCAACCAUCACUACCCUUCCCCCAUAUUCACUGUCGUCUUACAGUUAAGAUCCACACAGUUGUCUGUGGAGUUACCCUGAAUGCUCAUCUUGCCUUCAUCAAUGGUCUUGGUCUGCAAAUCGAGGAGUGUACCAAGGAGGAAUGCAGCGUGAUUCUGGUCUUCUGUCCUGUUUCUACUCGGAUGGGGACAGAUGUUGAAGCAGCAUUAAAUAAAAUCCCAAAAGACAAAGAUGCCAUUCUGGUGGUAAUGCACCACAGUUUUACCCCAGCCCAUAUCAAAGUCAUGACCAGAACACCACUUGGAUGGAAGAACAUUGUGGAAACCGUUGACUGCUUGAUCCAUGACUCAGCAGGAAAUGGACUUGUCAACUGCACCCUCAAUGACCAUGCAGUUCUUAGGGUGCGUACUACCUUAGAAAAAUAUAUGUGAAAUAUAACUGCCCCCGAC